GCGGCAAAAGAUGAGAAGCUGUUUCGGUGCUCGUGGAAUGGUGAUGUCUCGACCUUCCAAGACUAUGUGCGGCGAGUUCGUCUUGCCUUCAGCCGCACCAAGAAGAAGCACCGAAAGCACCUGGCAGCUGACCUAGUGUCCCAGUUGACGGGACGCGCCUGGACGAUCACCCAAGAGAUCAGCCAUGAGAGGUUGGUCAAAGAAGAUGGAGCAAAGUACUUGGUACAGUUCUUGGAGUCCCAUCUUGCUCGAGUUCCUGUACCAGAUGCUGGAGCCAAAGCAGAAGAGUUGUUGGUGAAACUUCGCCGACCCUUCGGCAUGAGCAUGAGCACCUGGUGUGCCACUGUCCGUGAACAAUACCGACAGCUCCAACGAGCCCUGAAGCGUGCCGCUCCCCUUGCUCCCGUCGAGGGGAAAGAAACUUCUCCUAAGAGGUCUCCCUCGGUGCCCUCAACAUCGUCUCCUCCUUCUCCGACACGAUCCAGCCGAAAGACAUCAAAGAGGACCGUGCCCGAACCUGAGGCACCUGAUGACGAAGAAGACGACGAUGAAGAGCUGGACUUUGAGUAUCCUGACUCGCCUGAUGGUGAUGAUCCUGGAGAAGAAAGUGAUGCACGCCGACAAUGGCAUGGUCGUGGUCGCAAGGCGCGAUCAACAAAGUCAGAUUCAUCGGAUGAUGAUGACAUGCAGUGGGGAGUGCGGCUUUGGGAUGACAUGGAUUCGAGCCUUCCUGAAGUCCUACCACCCGAACUUCUUGGAUGGUUGAUGCUUCGUCGUAGCAGUUUGAGCCCCCAACAGCGCCUGAACAUCCUGGCCUCCGUCGGGAAUAGCUUGAAGGCUGAUGACAUUGAACGAGGACUUCGUGGAGCAGAAGAAGAACUUCGACUACACGAACGUGAUCCCGAUGGUCGAGGAAAAGGAAAAGGUGGGGCAAACCGCCCGAAACCUCGGGCCAACUUCUGGGUGGAGCAGGAUGGUGAAUGGGGCCUCUUGAUCGAGGACAACGAGGCUCAAGAAUGGUUAGAAGAAGGAACAGUGCAUUGGGUUGGACAUGACCUCUCCUCCAUCUAUGCUUCAAUGGAUGAACCUCCGACUCGUGCACAAGAGGUUGCUGGUCGCUCCGAUGGAAAUGGCUUCUGGCAUCAAGAUGAUGAUGGCGGCUACACCUUUUGGAGCAAAGCUGCCGAUGGUGAGUUCUACACUCAAGACCAAGCCGGAAUCUACUGGGCUUGGUCAGACUUUGAAGAAGAUCAAGUGUGGUGGUCAGCCACGCCGGAACAGCAGAAGGAGAUUUCAGAAGCCUAUGCGACCUAUGAAGGAAAAGUGAGAUCCUUUGCUGAAUCCCGCGCUCUUCUUCGUCACAAGAACUUGAGCAGAGGCUUCUAUCCGAAGAAGGGCAAGGGCAAGGGUAAGCCAUCCGGCUUUUCCAAAGGCAAGGGCGCGAAACCCACGUCCGUGCCGACCUUUGUGGCUGAAAGUCCGGGACCUUCGAAUGAUGUGUUUGCCACCUCCGGAACCCCUGGCAAUGCAGGCUACACCGGAUGCUUUGUUUGUGGGAGUAAGGCACACACUUUCCGCACCUGUCCGUCUCGCUCGAACACCGCUUCCUCUUCUUCUUCGAAGGGCUCAGGUAAGAUCUACAUGGUUUCCGAGGUUGAGGAGCCCUAUGUGUCUGAGGUCCCCGAGGUGAAACCCCAAAUCGAGAUUCCGCAGAUCUUGUCAUCUGAGGUCUUGCAGCCUGAACUUCAAGGCUAUGGCGUGCUCGAUACUGGUGCGACCGAAUCGGUGAGCUCGCUGGCAGCCUUGGAAUACAUCCAUCUUCGCAGGACUGAGUUGAUGGGUCAUGGAAACCAUGUGACAGUGAUCCCUGGACCUCAGAAGAUGUUUCGUUUUGGAAAUGGUUCCCUCCAGUUCAGUGAAUCCUAUGUGCACUUGAAACAAACUGUUGGACCUCACGAGAUCGACCUCGGCGUGUUCACUCUGGACUCGAAAGGAGUGCCCCUGUUGAUCGGAGUUCGCACACUUGAGAGGUUAGGGGCAAUCAUAGAUGUCCACCAGAGCAUGCUGGUGUUGAAGACUGUGGAUCCCCAUUUGGUGAUCCCUUUGAGAAGGUCACGAACUGGCCAUUUGCUACUUGAUUUGUGUUCGAACUGGCUGGAUGGAGGGGCAAGGAUCCUCUUCAUGCAGGAUACCACGGAUGCUGAUGACCGUGAAAAGGUGUUCGCCGUUCAAGAGCUCAGUGGGUAUCCUCAUGCUCCGAACUAUUCAUCGACUACCUCACCUUUGUUGAGCCCCUCUAUGACCUCCUUGUCUACUACCACGGCCUCACUACCUCAUGAACUACUUCACGACAGGUUCCACAAGGUUGAGGUCAAGGGCAGUCAAGUGCUUUGUGUCUCAGUUGAUGAUGUACAUGAAUCAGAACGUUGUGCACCGUCCUUCUCCUUGAAUGUGGAAACUCUUUUUCCCGUUUUUGAAGAGCCUUCCCUCAUGCAAGAAGUUGUUGAAGAACCUUUCAUUUUGGAAGAAACUUUUGGUGAUGCCACACCUUUUUCUUCGGCACUGUUGGCUGAACAGCGCAAUUCGGAUCUCGGCAUGAGCCUGAGAAUCUUGGCGAUCUUAGCGACCUCGACGCUCACCUCUCCUCAUGGCGGCAGCUACCACUCCGAAGAAGACUUCUACCACCCGAGCGAAGGGCAAGCAGCUGCUCGAGGUGACGAAUGCCGCCGGGACGUUCGAGGGAACUCACGAUCCAGCGCCACCUGGCCGCGGAUCCCCGACGGGAUCCAACGCCCAUGCCUACUGGGUGGCAUGUGCUCGAUGCCAACUCCGGCGAAGGUGAAGGAUUUGGGGAACUCCGCCGCCUACAGCCCGGACCUGAAGAACAAGAAUGUGGGAUUGGAUGCGGCAGAGAACUCCCUCGUGAAGCGGCUGGAAGUCAUUCGAGCUCAGAAGGAGCAAUAUCGUCAGGGGAAGCCCGAGACCAAGCCGAAGGCAAGGGCCACUCAAGGCUAUGUCAAGGAAGAGCAUCCAAGGGAUCCAGAGAUCUUGAGCCAGACGCCUGGCCGGAAGAGUCGAAAGCCGGAAGACGCGGCAGAGCUCCUGGAGUACCAGAACCGGACUUCCGAGGCUGAGAAGAUCCUAGACCUUGGAGCAAUGCUUUCAAAGUAUGACCUCACCGUGGAGAAUGAGGACAUGGAUCUGUGCACUGUGCUCUCACCGAAUGACCUAGUCCUUGACAAUUUGGCCACGGCUAUGAGCAAUGAUCUUUCAACGAAUGAGUUCACCCCUGAGAAUGUCAACAUCGAAUAUGAGGUGCCUGACUACUUGCUCGACCCGUUGAAGUACUAUGAAGCUCCGGGAGAGGAGCCAGAAGUCGAUGAAGAGCAGUACCAUGGAACUGAGGCAACCUAUGAGUUGACACCCGAGGAGGUGAACUUCAUCGAAAAGACACUCCAAGAGAAGAGAAUGGCCUUCGAAGAUUGCCUUGCCACGUGUUUGCCACCUUCGUCAUCACGCCCUGGGUUGCUGACUUCAAUGAGCCGCCGAUGUGAUGGGCGGCAUUCUCACACGCCCGUGAUGGGAGGAGAUUUGGCCAAAAGAACAGCUCUCUACACCCCAGCCAUGUGCCGUGCAGCCUGCCGAUGCUUUCUCGAGUUUCUUGAUCAGCCAAGAGUUUUUGUGGCACUUGAAGUAAAGAUUGAUAGAGAAGGCCUCAAGACCCUCACCGAGAAGGAGCUUUCCCAUCUGGCAGAGACGGCACUGAAGCUUCAUCGCCUUUGUGGGCAUCCAAGCGGGCCAGCACUGGUUCGCACCUUGGCUGCUAAGGGAGCUGAUGGGAAACUGCUGGCCGUUGCAGAGCAGUUGAAGUGCAUGGAGUGCCUUGAGGGGACCAUGAAGAAGCCAUCGCCAAAAGUGUCCCUCGAAAAGGAACAAAAGUUGUGGCGCACCCUCCAGAUCGAUGCCUUUGUGCUGAAGAAAGGUGACAUGGUGCAUCACUUCCUCUUGAUGCUAGAUGAAGCUUCGGGUUUUUCAGUUGUUCAUGAAGUGAUGGCCCACCAUGAAGAACAGCAUGAAAACAUUACAGCCCAAGCAACUCUGGAUGCGCUGGUCCAAUGCUGGUUUCAAUACUUUGGAACUCCGGCGUGUUUGAGAUGUGACUUGGAAGGAGCCUUCAGAGGAGAUUUGUUGGAGUCCUUUUGCCGGAGCCGCGACAUAGAGCUUUCAUUUGUUCCUGCUGAACACCAUGAAGCCACCGGCGAUGUCGAGAGAGCCAUCGGUGAAUUGAAGAAGAAAAUGCUGGCAUACCUCCGCCAGAACACCUCCGUGGAACCUCGCCUUGCAGCAUAUGAGAUGUGUGCUGCUCACAAUCGCUUCGCUCGCAUCAGUGGGUUCUCGCCUGUUCAAUGGGCUUUUGGUCGAGACCUUUCAGAAGAACCCGGUCUGGCAACUCUAAGUGCAGCAGGUGAUCCAACAUCCGAGAUGAGCCAGAACCUCCAAAGACGCCUUGAUGCCGAGGCGCAAUAUCGGAAGAUGCAAGCCAAAGCCAAGAUCUCUCGUGCUUUGAAUGCCAAGCCUGACCGAACCACUCAGUACAUCCCAGGCGAAUGCGCCAAGAUGUUGAAGGAGACUCUAGGCUAUGUGGCCAGUCACGUCGACGACUUCCUGAUUUCUGGCUCCCCAAGCAGCCCACUGUGGCAGAAGACCGUGGAAACCUUCAAGGAAGCUUUCUCUUGGAGCCCCUGGGAAUCCUCUCCCUUCACUCACUGCGGCAUUGGCGUGUCUCAGGAAGCUGAUUGGAGUUUUCGCCUGUCGCACCACACCUUUGUCGAGGAACUCCGACCCAUUGUCAUCGAAGACAAGAGUGACAAGGUGACUGCUCAAGAGAUGAAUCAAGCUCGAGCUUUGUUGGGUGCAAUGCAGUGGCGCUCAAUUCAGACAGGGCCGCAACACUCUUCGAAGGUGUCUUGGCUUCAGAGCGCACUUCCAAAGGGUGGAAAGGAUGUCCUGCACCAGAUCAACAAACUGAGCCGAGAGAUGCAUCACCAGCGCUACCUGUCCGUGUCAACUCGACAGCUUGGUGCAGAGUCCGUGGAUGACAUCGGAUUUGUUUGCUACACGGACGCAGCAGUGGCCAACCGGCCCAACUUUGCCUCGACUGGUGGACACCUGGUGGGCAUGGUUCAUCGAUCCUACCUCCAAGGGCAGAAGGGAUUCGUCAAUCCUAUCUCUUGGAGAUCACACAAGUUGGUUCGCGUGGCACGCUCUUCUUUAUCGGCUGAAGUACAGGCCAUGGCAGAAGGUGAACAAGAGUUGAUGUUUGUCAGAGCUGAAUGGUCAGAACUCCUUGGACGACCACUUGACCUUCUUCGACCUGAACGUUCGACUCAGCAUGUGCCAGCAGCGAUCAUCACUGACGCGAAGUCGGUGUAUGACUGUGUGAGCAAAGGUGACACCACCAGCUUCAACAUGAAAGAAAAAUAUACUGCCCUUGAGUUGAUGUCAGUGUUCAACCACCUUGAGGCGCAGCGGACGGCUUUGCUCUGGGUGGCUUCGGACAGCCAACUGGCUGACGGAUUGACAAAGGGAUCUGCCAGCGAGAUGCUGACCAGGUUCUUUCAAGGGCACCAAGUGUGUGCUGCUUCCUUCGACCCCGAAUUUGUCGCUGCGAAAAAGAAGAAAGGCAAGACUUCAACCCCGGCUACCUCUCCUGAACCCGAUGAGAGGGCCGAAUUCGAUGAGGACUUUUCGUGGCGCGAUUUG